AUGGACCAUCAAACAUACACAAGCCUACUAAACGAAUAUGAUAUACUAAACCUACUCCAUCAUCGAUCCAAGAAUCAGCACCGUCAACAGCAUUGGUUCAAAUACGUCAAUAUUAUUUAUCGUAAUCUACGCAACCUUCUCAAACUACAAAUUGAUAUCGAUCGACUACCCAACACCGCCACCACCACCACCACAUCAUCAUCAUCAUCAUCAUCAUCAUCCACGAAGCAGCAAUCCCGCAUUGAAUACAAAAAGAGCCAAAUCGUCAAAUUAGGUAACAAGAUACUUCAAGUGUCGCGAAGUGCGUACUGGGCAUAUAAUUCAAUCUUGGUUUUGGGUCAAUACAUCACUUUGGGAUUCGCCUUGAUUGGUAACUUGGCCAAAAUUGUCACCUUGAUUGGAAAAGUUGAUGGUGUUGAUAUGAAAAGGGCUAGUUUGUCUGUGCCGGUUGGCGACUCUGCUGAUGUUAAUCUAGACAAUUUAAGCAAUUUGUUUCAAGGUGAAGUUAUAAAUGAAGAUGAUUUGGAUGAUUUGGGAGAGGAAAUUGUUUACGAUGAUGAUGAUGAUGAAGUGGGUGUAAGUACGCCUGUAAUUGAAGAAAUCGCUAGCUCGCUAGGUAGAGAGGAUGGAACGAAACUGAGUACAAUUGACAAUAUAAAACCAUUGCCAGAAACCAUUUCCGGUACCACUAAAAUUGCCACCCACCAACCAAGUAAAUCCACCAGUAAGAAACAGUCUACGCCAUUGGAUACAAUCGACGAUAUUUUCGAUACAUCCUCCAAAAAGAAGAAAAGAAAACAAGACGGUUCAAAAACCGCCAAACCUUCAAAGAAGCACAAAUCGAAAUCCCCUUCAAAUUCAAAUUCAAAUUCAAAAUUAAAAUCAAAAUCAAAAUCAGCAAUUGACGACAUUUUUUCAUAA